GAUGACGAGAGUGAUUCCGGAGAAGACGAUUCCGGACCUUACCGUCUCGAAUAUGAGUAAUCCUCUGGAUCUCCCACACGAUUCGUUUAUGGAAUAUUUUAGAGUAUCGAAAGAACUCUUCAGAUAUUUGCUGGACUUUGUAGAAGAUAAAUUAGGAGGCGUUAAAUCUACGUCUGUUCCAGCGACACUGAAAUUAUCUGCUGCACUGCGAUUCUUCGCCGAAGGAAGUUACCAGAAAGGUGUUGGUAACGAUAUGUUUGCCGGAAUGGCCCAGCCGACGCUGUCAAAAAUCUUGACGUCCGUUAUUGAUGUUUUUGAAUCAGAACUCUGUCCCACAGUCAUACAGUUUCCAGUGUCAGACGAGGAAAAAAGUGAAAUUAAGCGUGGAUUCUACGAGAGAACCGGAUUUCCAGGUGUGAUAGGAUGCGUUGAUGGCACACACGUAAAAAUUUUCAAACCGAUGAAAGAUAUCCAGCAUCUUUAUUAUAACAGAAAAGGGUUCCACAGCUUAAACGUAAUGAUAGUCUGUGAUCAUCAACAAAUCAUUCGAUACGUGAAUGCCAACAGCCCUGGUGCAAAUCAUGAUUCGUUCAUAUGGAACAAUGAUCCGUUAGAUGGAGUGUUACACCAAAAAUACCUUAAUGGCGAGCGAAAUACAUGGCUUGUAGGCGUUGAGAGAACAUUUGGUGUUAUGAAGAAUGUUUUCAGAUGUAUUUUAGCAGCUCGACAAUUGCCGAACCCGAAGAUAAUCUACUAGUUGAAGCUGACUAUGGCGAAGAAAAUGAUAUGGCAGCGAGCGAAAUACGACAAGAAAUUCUGUAUAAUAUCACAUGACAACUUUCGCAAAUAUGGUAAUUAGUAUAACUAGUAUAACUAGGCAUGUUAUUUACUUUCGUUUACUUUAAAGUUCAUAAAAAUUUGAAUUUGAUAAUAUGAAAUCAACUUGUUGGAGUUCUAUCAAAACAUGGAAAAGGAAUAAAAUAAGUUCGAA